AUGGCAAAUGGAGACUACACCAAGUUCACGAGGUCGGCUCCUCCCUCCUCCCUGUCAUUGGUCAGCUGGUCGGCCACAAAGACACAAACUUGUUCUCGCCUCAUCCAAGUGGCUCAGGGUCCACUGAGGCAGAUCGAGGCAGCGAAGGAAGGGGAGCAGCAGCGUUGGCAGCCAGCAUCAGUCACCUUGGAGCAGAGGAGAAACAUGAGCUCCUCGUCAGCCAACCUUCACAACAAGCGCCUGCCCUCGGAGACCGAGCGAGGCCAGAGGCUCCCAGAUGUGGACGUGGCACAGCAGGUCAAAUUGAGAGAGAGACAACGUUUCUUCGAGGAGGUCUUCCAGCACGAUGUGGACGUCUACCUGUCCUCGGCACACCUCUGUAUCCGAGACUAUAAGAGACCUCCGAUUGGCAGCGUCUCAUCCAUGGAGGUUAAUGUGGACUUGUUGGACCAGAUGGAGCUGAUUGACAUCUCGGACCAGGAGGCCUUGGAUGUCUUCUUCAGCUCCGGGGGAGAAGAGGGGGUGCUGGCCUCCCCGCUGCCAGUCCAAGGAAACAACAACAAUGGGGAUGUCAUCAGCAAUGGACUUUUUCGACACGUCCUCGAGGGUCUUGAUGCCAAGUCUCGUAUGUCCUCCACAUCUUCAAUCUCCUCCUCUGACAGCCAGACCACCGAUGCCAACAGAGGAGACACCCCCGUGGUCAGGUCAGAAGAUGAGGGAACACACACCAGCACAGUCAAGCGGAGAGGCGUGCCUGCAGAGAAAGAGAAGGUGAAAAGUCAGACUCCAUCAUCGUCUUCGUAGGACGAGCCCUCUCCACCUGCAGCACGGUAGUUGACACCUUCAACCGGUGGUGAAGAGUAGACUUCGGGAAGCUAACUAUUGAAAGAGGCUUCUCAGCCGUGACUGUCUUCCAUACUCUGGCUCUUUUCACUGCUUUCAAACCUUUUGAUUUAUGAGUUAUGGGUUGGGGUCUGUGUGUGUUUUACAGGUGGGGACCAUAAACUCCAAAUAUGGAGAUUUCUUAUUAAUUCUCACCUGUUUCCAUUCAUGUUUUGACAGACAAGAUUUGUUUCCCUGUUUCUGAUCUCACAGGACUUAUUGUUGGUGAAUGAUGAGUUUUGUACUGUAUUAACAAAACCCAGGGCAGUAAAGCAGUGACUGUUAUAAUGUAAUGAGGACUUGGUAAAUGUAGCAAUAGAAGGCUUCACACUAUGAAAUGUAUUGUUUUUAAAAGUAACACAUUGUCCUGCUGAAUGCAAAUUCUCUGUUUUCUAACUCCUAUUUUAAAUGAAUCUCUCACAAGAUUUCUUGGUUUUAACAAUAAAAGAAGAGAGAAAGUUGUA